AUACAUUUCUUAAACAAACAACUGCCCGUUUCACACAACGCUGACAAAUGGUAAUUUUAAAACAAAAGUAAAAUAUUUAGUAUGGCCGCAUGCCGAAAUGGGGAAAAUAACGCGCCACCGCCAGUAUUCGCUGCGAAACGCGCCCGCUGCACAGCUGACUGAUAACACAAAUGGGAGGGGAGAAUUUCUUUUUGGGGUGUAUUUACUUUCAGCCACAAUUAGUUGCUAGCAUUUAAUAAAAGCGGCUCCAUUGGCUUGCUUGUAAAAUGUCCUAGAGUUCGCUUUCCAACGCCGCGUUCAUUGAUUCGCUCGAGUUCAGCUUCAGUUGCGGUAGCCGCUAGUUCGAUGGCUUUUCGCGGAUUCCCCGCCUGAGACAGACAGCCACAUAAAUAAGAAGCGCUGCUUGCGGCUAGUGGAGCCAGACGGCGCACAACUACCACAGCGCCAGACACGCCACGACGCACAGCAAAGAUGAAAAUCCAUUUUCGGGAACAGUACGGCAGGAAGGGGGAGGAAAUCCUCUAUGUGACGCCAGCAGAUCAGAGCAACAUUGUGCGAGUGCCGCUGCGUGGCGAUAAGCUGGUCAUCCAGGAGAAGUUCCUGCUGUUCCGCGUGCUUCAGAAGGUCUUCCUGCCCAAGGGCUACCCGGAUAGUGUAAGCGAGGACUAUGCGGCAUACCAGAUCUGGGACACGGCCCAGGCCUUCUGCAGCACCAUCUGCGGCACCUUGUGCACACACGCCAUUUUGAAGGGCAUCGGCGUGGGCAGUGAGAACAUCAAUGCCUUCUCCGCCACGGCGACUUGGAUUUUGAAGGAGGGUAGUGGACAUGUGGGUCGCAUAGUGUUCGCCUGGUGGCAGGGCUCCCAGUUGGAUGUGGACUCAAAGAAAUGGCGCCUGCGUGCUGAUUUUCUGAACGAUCUGGCCAUGGGCAUCGAGAUCUACGUGCUUCCCAAGUAUCCGCAUUUCAGCACCCAAAUCCUGUGCUGUUCUACCCUACUGAAGGCAAUUGUGGGCGUGGCCGGAGGUGCCACAAGAUCGGCCCUAACCCAGCAUCAUGCCUUGAGGGGCAAUCUGGCGGAUGUGGCCUCCAAGGACAGUUCGCAGGAGACGUGCGUGAAUCUGGUGGCCUCCUUUGUGGGCCUGUAUCUCCUUUCGCUGAUCAAGAGUCAGGCGGUCCUGUAUACCAUUUUCUACGUGGUUGUCAGCCUGCAUCUAUAUGCCAAUCUGAAAGCGGUACGGGCGGUAUGCUUGCGAAGCUUUAACGAGUCACGUUAUUUGAUUGCCCUGGAGGAGUUUUUCAGGUCAUCAAGGAUGCUCAGUCCGCAGCAGGUAAACGCAAUGGAGCGAGUGACUGUUGGCCAAACGGUUUCUGUGUCUCUGAACAUAAAGCUGGGACUGAGCGUUAAAAAUCUGAUUGACGAGUACAAGAGUAGUAGCGUUAUUGAAGACAUAGUGUCCUCCUUCGAUCCCCACGAGCACUUCAUCAUCGCAGAGACCAAAAAGUGUCUGGGUGUAUAUCUGCACUUCGAAACGCGUCCGCAGGAUGUGCUGAAGGCGUACUUUUUUGCCGUGUCCUAUUUGCAGGACAGGAAUCAAAUUAAGGAGAAGUACUGGGACAUUCAGACAAAGUGGCAGGAGUUUUUGGCGCUGGCGCAGCAAUCGGGUUGGCUAAUCCAUCAGCACUUGCUGCUGGUGGACGAAUACCGCUUGGACUGGAAGGUGUAGGAGGAUGGUGACUUUGAUUACUUGAUUUUAACCGUAGUUGCUUGCUUUGACCUGAAAAAUUGAUUUCAUUGGACUUCAUUAUCAUUCCCACAUAUCUCACAUGGCUACCAUAGAGCGAAUACAUUGAUAUUAACUAAGUGCUAUUGAUAUAAACAUAGAUUUAGCUUUGUGAAACUCGUUCGCACUUGAACAUCUUCCAACUAACUCUGCCUUAGCACAAAGUAAUGUUUGUAACCGAUAUUUGAUAAGAUAAUUUAGCCCUGCUUUUCCCCAUGAAUUUAUCGGGAGACAUUAUUUCAAUUACUAGCUGCUACUAGGACUUAAAGAGACACUGAAGAAAACAAGAAUCUAUUUUGUAAGCACUUAUUGUAAUUACGCAUUUCGAUAUUUCGAGAGCAUACAAUACAUUUUUAGAUUAUAGUCAUGAAAAAUCUCACAACGAACUACGGAAAACCAGUUUCAAUUGCAUUUUGAGCAAAAAGUGUACAAAGUUUUAAGCUUUUUUAAUGCUAAAUGUGCAAUAGUAAGUUAAUCAUUAGCCUCGAGUAUCUACAGAAUAAGUUUGCGUCCAUUUUUGCUUAACUCUAAUGCUUUUCAAUGAAUGCAAUAUAUGAAUUAUGUGCAUACCGUCACACCACGCAAAUGAUUUUAAUGAAACAAAUAAAA